CCGGCCUUUCCCCCCCAUAUACAGCCAGGUCAACACCCAAACUACCAUUCCAACAACCCUUCAUCUCUUGUUUAAUUGCUUCUUUCGCUCUACAUUUACAACCCUAAACCCCACCCUACACGCCUCUUUCAUCUUCUUUUCUAAUCUCUCUACCAAUAAUCACCGCCAGCUCACGGGUGAUAUUUGACCUUGUUGUAAUCGAAAUUAAUCGCCCAUGGCUUCAAUCUCCAAGCUCUCAACCCCCAACUUUGCUCCUUCUGUGUCUGAUUUCAGUGCCAGCAGUAGAUCUUCACAGCAUGCCGUGUGCUGUGUUGAUCUCAGCAAAAGACCAGCCGCCUCCCGUAACCUGCUUUCCUCUUCAAAGUUGAGCCUGCGCAGCAACCACCCCGUCAGGGUUUCUUUGGUUGUGAGAUGCUCUAAAGUUGAUGGAAAUGGAAGCAGUGUCAAGAGAACCACUCUUCACGAUCUCUAUGAGAAGGAAGGGCAAAGCCCAUGGUAUGAUAAUCUAUGCCGCCCUGUUACGGAUCUUAUUCCUUUGAUAGAAAGUGGAGUCAGAGGUGUAACCAGCAACCCGGCGAUUUUCCAGAAGGCAAUAUCGACUUCAAGUGCAUACAAUGAUCAAUUCAGGGAACUUGUGCAAUCUGGAAAAGACAUAGAAAGUGCAUACUGGGAACUCGUUGUAAAGGAUAUUCAAGAUGCGUGCAAACUUUUUGAGCCAAUUUAUGAUCAAACUGAUGGGGCUGAUGGAUAUGUCUCUGUCGAAGUUUCACCCAAACUUGCUGAUGAUACUGAAAAUACAAUUGAGGCUGCAAAAUGGCUCCAUCAAUGGGUUGAUCGCCCUAAUGUCUACAUAAAGAUUCCUGCUACAGCUCCAUGCAUCCCUUCAAUCAAGGAAGUAAUUGCAAGAGGAAUAAGUGUUAAUGUUACGCUUAUUUUCUCCCUUGCGAGAUAUGAAGCAGUCAUUGAUGCUUACCUGGAUGGUCUUGAGGCAUCUGGGCUCAGUGAUCUCUCGAGAGUCACAAGUGUUGCUUCCUUCUUUGUUAGUAGAGUGGAUACCCUUGUUGACAAACUGCUUGAGAAAAUUGGAACACCUGAGGCACUAGAUCUCCGGGGCAAGGCAGCAAAUGCUCAAGCAGCUCUGGCUUACCAGCUUUACCAGAAGAAAUUCUCUGGUCCAAGAUGGGAGGCUCUGGUGAAGAAAGGAGCCAAGAAGCAAAGACUUCUGUGGGCCUCAACUAGUGUCAAGAAUCCAGCUUAUCCCGAUACUCUAUAUGUGGCUCCUCUUAUUGGACCUGACACGGUUUCCACCAUGCCUGACCAAGCACUCCAAGCAUUUGUUGACCACGGCAAAGUUGCAAGGACGAUUGAUUCAAACGUGUCGGAAGCUGAAGGUAUUUACAGUGCCCUUGAGAAGUUGGGCAUUGACUGGAGCUACGUUGGCUCACAACUUGAGCUGGAAGGAGUCGAGUCCUUCAAGAAGAGUUUCGAUAGCUUGCUCGACAGUCUGCAAGAGAAGGCGAAUUCGCUUAAGCUAGUCAGCCUGUGAACCAUAUGAAUCUUUUGGUUGCUAGAAUGGGUGAGAGCUAAUAAAGCGACUGGGUUUCCGGUCCUUGGUGUAAAGCCAGUUGUGGUGGGUGUUGCUUAAAAAUAUUGUGGUUUAUGAUUAACGUUUGUGUUUAUCUAUGAGAACAUUCAAUGGUUUCGUUGUGCAGAAAUGCAUCUGUUAAGGCCUA